AUGGCUCUGAUCUUCACUUCUGGUAAAGAUUUGUCAGAAGAAGAUGUUGCUGUUUUUUUGUGGGUUUUGGUUUCUGACACUUUUGCUUGGGAAGUAAAACAGUACAGUAGCUCUGAGUUCAAGGUGCUUUUUCCUACAAAGGGUGAUCUAGCAAAGAUGACAAGGUUCAAUGCAGAAAUGAAAGAAGGCGUGACGACUCUCAAAUUUCAAGAAUUCAAGGAAGAUGAGGAAUAUUUCGGUCAUGCUCUGCCAGUGGUGUGGAUGAGAGUCUUAAAUCUUCUGACAAUUUUAAGGGAGUAUUUGGUUUUGUGGGCUUUGGGAACUCUUUUUGGAGUUACUCAAGAUGUGGACAUGGUGACAACUAGAGCGAGUAGCUUUGGAAGGUUUGCAGUGGCAGUACUAGAUCUGGAGGCAAUUCCAACCAAACUAGAUGUCAUUAUUGGUAAUCGAUACUUCCAGUUACUUUUCGAAGUUGAACCUUAUUUACCAAACAUCAGGUUCCGAAGCAUUUGGAACACCAAGAAUAAUGGGAAUGAAGAUCAUGGUAGUGGGGCACCAAAGGACAGUGAGAUGGAGGAGGCACAAAAUCAUGGCAAGGUUAUCAACUCAGGUGCAAGUGCAGCAAGUGCAGUAGUUAGUAGCAAUUCAGGAAAAGAAGCAAAUAAUCCAGAAGUACAUAUGGAUGUUGAUCUUGAAGAGUAUGAUUUAUUAGAUGAGGAGAAUGAUCUGAGUGAUGUGGUACGUGAUUUUGUGGGAGUCAAGAAAGGUCAUUCGGUGGAUGUGCGAGUAGCAGCUUCUCUGGUACCUUCAGGGUCCUCAGCUCCAGCGCAUAUGCAGCAACGUUCAUCACAGUUAUCAAGGUUGGGUGGCAAGUUGGUCUCAGGAAAUUUAUUGAAAGGGAAGGAGAAGGGGCAGCAGCAGCCGCCUUUGGCAGGGAUACAGGCGUCGACCGGUUUGGGGGCUGCUAGUUGGGGUUCGCAAAAAAUUCAUAACUAG